AAGGGAUUGAUAUUGGAUUGAGGGUUUUACUUGUGUUGUUUAUUUUAUUAUUGUUGUUGCUGAAGAAUUGAGUGUGGAAUUUGCAAAGGAAUUCUCAAGUCGAGUCAUAACACCAACCACCGACGGACCUUUAAAGCUCAACCCCGCGUCACACCUAACUACCCACCGGAGGCGCAUCCACUACCACCACCACCACCACCACAACCACAAGCUUGACUCAACCCAACCCACGACAAACGAGCGAUUGAAGCACCACAACACCAUCACAAUGCCAGAAACUACACCCCCAACCAGCGAGGCAGCAGACCCAAGUCCCUACGAAGAAGCGACGCGACGCUCGACUUCCACAAGUCGGUAUGCGGCGCAUGGACGGGGUGGCGCUGGUAAUAUCUCCGCCGCGCCACCGCGCCCAGUCUCCCCGACGGACCUGGAGACGCCGACGCUGAAGGAGGAGGUGUAUACGACGGGGCGCGGGGGGAGUGGGAAUAUGGUUGCGAAUACGGGGAAGGCCGGGGCGAGGAGGGCGCAGGAUGUUGUUGCACUUCCGAGGAGAGAAUCAGAAGGUGCGGGUGCGCAUGUAGGGCGCGGGGGGGCGGCGAAUAUCGUCAAGGUGCCUACGAGGGGCCAGGGGGAGGAGUCGUCUGUGGAGGGGAGAGACGAAAAGGACGGGCGGGAGAAGAAGGAAGUGAAGGAGAAGAAGGAGCUGAAGGGGAAGGGAAAGAACAAUGAAGGUGCACCGGCGGAAGAGGGCGUUGUGGAGAGGGGACGGAGGUGGGUUGCUGGGCUUGUGAGGAGGGGUUCGUCGUCUUAGG